CACCUCCUUUAGCAACUAAUCAACAACAAUUCCCAUCACAACCACCUCCUUUAGCAACAAACCAACAACAAUUUCAAACUCAACCUCCAAUGAUGCAUAGUGGAAUGAAUCAACCUCCAGUACAACAACCUUAUCCAAAUCAAGGACCGCCAACAACAUCUACCCAAAUUCGACCUGCACCUGCUAUACCUAAUCAAUUUGGUCCACCUCCAACAUAUCCUACUCCUCAAUUUCCGCAACAACAGCAACAACAACAACAACAACAGCCUCCUUUUCCUAAUCAAUCAUCAUCAGGUAUUGGUGGAAUGCCACAAUAUUCUAGUGGUCAACCACCUUACAAUGCUCCUCCAUCUUCAUUUCCUCCGGGUAGUCAACAACCACCACCACCACUAACAUCAACUAAUUAUCCUCAACAACCAUCAUUAGCUCAUUAUCCUAAUCAACCAAAUUUAUCUGGUCCACCAACAAUGCCAGGUAGUCAAUUAAAUGGAUAUCCUGGUCAACCACCAUCAAGUGGACCAGUACAACAACCAUAUCAAUCACAACGUAUUGAUCCUGAUAUGGUACCUAAUGUAGUUCAAGUUCUUGAACAAAGUCAAGAAAAAAUUCAAGAACCAUUUAUAACUAAUGCACCAGGUUUAUUACCACCAUUAGCAGCAACUGAUUUUGUUUGCCAAGAUCAAGGUAGUUGUAAUCCACGUUUUAUACGUUCAACAACAUAUGCUAUACCAAAUGCAACUGAUAUGAUUAAACAAUCUCAUAUACCAGUUGCUCUUUCUAUUAGUCCAUUAGCAGAUUUACGAUCGGAUGAACUUGAACCACCAAUUACUAAUUUCGGUGAAAUCGGUCCAAUACGAUGUCAUCGUUGUAAAGCAUAUAUGUGUUCAUUUAUGCAAUUUAUUGAUGGUGGUAAACGUUUUAUUUGUUGUUUUUGUGAAGCUGCAACUGAUGUACCUACUGAAUAUUUUAAUCAUCUUGAUCAUAGUGGUCGUCGUAUGGAUUGGUAUCAACGACCAGAACUUUGUCUUGGUUCAUACGAAAUUUUAGCGACAAAACAAUAUUGUAAAGAUGAAAAAUGGCCUGAACCACCAGCAUUUAUAUUUAUGAUUGAUGUAUCAUAUAAUAGUGUUCGUAGUGGUCUUGCUGAAUAUAUUUGUCAUAUAUUAAAAACUGAACUUCUUAAUUAUUUACCAAAAGAUAAAAAUUCUGAAACAUCUAAUAUACGUGUUGGUUUUGCAACAUUUGAUAAACAAAUACAUUUUUAUAAUAUUAAAAAUACACUUGGACAACCACAAAUGAUGAUUGUCUCUGAUCUUGAAGAUAUAUUUGUACCAUUACUUGAUGGUUUUCUUGCUUCACCACAAGAUUCACGUGGAGUUAUUAAUAGUUUACUUGAUCAAAUUCCACAAACAUUUGCAAAUACACAAGAAACAGAAACAAUUUUAGCACCGGUUAUUCAAUCCGGUAUUCAAGCAUUAAAAGAAGCACACUGUGCAGGUAAAAUUUAUAUUUUUUCAACAACAUUACCAAUAUCUGUUGCACCGGGAAAAUUAUCAAAUCGUGAUGAUAAAAAAUUACUUGGAACUGAAAAAGAAAAAACAUUACUUGCACCAGUUAAUAAUGUUUAUACAAAAAUUGGUGAAGAAUGUGCACAAAAUGGUUGUGCUGUUGAUCUAUUUGUUUUUCCAAAUAAUUAUCUUGAUUUAGCAACUAUUGGUGAAGUUUGUCGUGUAUCUGGUGGACAGAUUUAUAAAUUUAAUUAUUUUUCAAUUGAAAAUGAUGGUGAAAGAUUAUUAGAUGAAUUAAAAAGAAAUUUUCAACGAACAACAGCUUUUGAUGCAUUAAUGCGUGUACGAACAAGUACAGGUAUUCGACCAAUUGAUUUUCUUGGUAAUUUCUAUAUGACAAAUGCUACUGAAAUGAUAUUUGGUACUAUUGAUUCGGAUAAAUCAGUUUGUGUUGAAUUAAAACAUGAUGAUAAAUUACCUGUUGAAAGCAAUACUUAUAUUCAAGCUGCUUUACUUUAUACAAGUAUAUCAGGUCAACGUCGUUUACGUAUAUUAACAUUAGCUUUAACAGUUACUUCAUCAUAUACAUCACUUUAUCCAGCUUGUGAUCUUGAUGUAAUUAUGAAUUAUGUAACAAAAGUGGCUCUACGUUCAAUAACAGUGUCAACUCCGAAGAGUAUACGUGAUAGUAUAAUAACACAAGCAGCAAAUAUGUUAGCAUGUUAUAGAAAAAAUUGUGCACAAUCAACAACAGCUGGACAAUUAAUUUUACCAGAAACAUUAAAAUUAUUACCAGUUUAUGCUACAUCAUUAAUUAAAUGUGAUGCUUUAACUGGAACUCAAACAGUAACAACAGAUGAUCGAAGUUUGUUAAUGCAUCGAUUAAUGUCUACGGGUGUUAAAGGAACAUUUGCAUAUCUUUAUCCCAGAGUUUAUGCUUUGCAUAAUUUGGAAGAAGAUAAUAUACCACCACCAAUGAUUCGAUGUUCAUACGAUCGUCUCUCGGAAACAGGAGCUUAUGUUAUUGAAAAUGGUUUUGUAAUGUAUAUUUGGCUUGGUAGUCAAAUCAAUCCUACAUUUACACAAUCAUUAUUUGGUAUUCAAACAUCACAUAUUCAACCAGAAAAAUGUCGUAUUGCUGAUCUUGAUAAUCCAAUAUCAAAAAAUGUUCGAACAUUAUUAAAUUUAAUUCGUAAUGAACGAGAUAGUUAUAUGAAACUUUUUGUUAUUCAACAACGUGAUUCAAUUGAACCAUUUUUCAAAAAUUAUCUUAUCGAAGAUAAAGGUUUUACAGGUGGUGCAUCAUAUGUUGAUUUUCUCUAUCAUUUACAUCGUGAAAUUCGAAAUAUUCUUCAAUAG